AACACUUAACCAUUGGGAACUAUGAGAACGAAGAUGGUUACUAUGAAGCACAAAUGGACAAAUUGUUAGCAUUGAUCGAAAGUGUGGAGAUGGAAAUAAAACCGAGAUUACUGAGAUUACGUAAAUUGGAAUUUAAAUGCAUGUGGAAAAUUCGCUACAAGGAAUUGGAAAGUUAUCUGAGAAAACGAAAGGAAAGGAUUCUAAGUUCAAAUCAACCGCUAAUUUUGAUGGAACUGUAUUUCAAUUUGGCUAAUAUUGGAGAAGAUGAUAGAAAUACGCUGAUGAAUACCUUGGAUUGUUAUAAAUCCGAAGGUUUAAUCAAGAAGUUUGCAAUAAAGGAAAUAGCUUGA